GGGGGGAAGGUGCCAGCCUUUUGAUGUUGAUGGGUGGUGAACAUGUGGUUGUCUGUGUGGUGUGUGCGAUGUGGAGGAUCUCAUCGACUCCCUGCAGGACUCGCCGCGGGACUCCCCGCGGGACUCCCACUCCCCGCACCGUUGACCCUCCCCGCCGCGGCCCUCGCAGCCGCCACGUUCGCCGGACUGACCCCACACGUCUUCCGCAGAUGUCUCCGCAAGUUAUCCGCUCUCAGGAACGGGCGGAAGCAUCGUGGGCACUCGUGUGUUGUUGGGGUCGACGGUGUUGCGUGCGUGGAGGAGGAGGAGGGGUGGUUGGGGUUCUGGGUGGCGGUGGUGCUGGAGGGGUGCGAGGGGAAGGAUGUGGCGUGGAGGGUGCGUUCGUGGCGGUAGAGGUCGGAUUUGCGGCGGAAGGCGAUGGGGCAGGCGCGGCAUUUGAGUGUGGGUGGUUUAUGCGAAACCAAAUGACUCCUCAACGCCUGCAAGCUCUUCAGCUUCUUCACGCACCCCUCCUGCGGGCACGCAUACAGCAACAGCUGCUUCUCCGCAUUCCCGCCCUGGUGCUGAUUCACACCGCCCUGCUGGAGGCUCAGGCCGCCGACCCCACCCACAACGCUGACAACCGCGGCGGAUUCCAGUGAUGCGGAACGGGAUCGGGUCGCCUCGGCGGUGGUGGUGGUCGUGGACGAGUUGAUACUGCAGCAGGCUUCGGAGUCGGAGCCGGAGUCGGAGCCGAGGUAGGGGAGUGUCAGGGGGUAUUGUUGUUGUUGUUGUUGUUGUUGUUGUUG